AUGGCGUCCAGCACUACUGCUGGUCAUGCUAUUUCUUGCAAGGGUAAGCCACUCAGUUUCUUUCCUUCUUCGUUUGAUGCCCGACUUCUUGAAUUUAUCCAUCUCCGGUUUAUAAGUAUAGUGUUUUCACUGCUUAUUUAUGAUGAUGGUGAUGAUGUUUUUGAUGCGGAGGCAGCUGCGGUGGCGUGGGAGGCAGGGAAGCCCCUAGUGAUAGAGCAGGUGGAGGUGGCUCCACCAAAAGCCAUGGAGGUCAGGAUAAAGAUCGAGUACACCUCCCUCUGCCACACUGAUGUCUGCUUCUGGGAGGCCAAGGGUCAACAUCCAUUAUUUCCUCGCAUUUUCGGCCAUGAAGCAGCAGGGAUCGUCGAGAGCGUCGGCGAAGGCGUGACAGACCUUCAAGUGGGAGACCGUGUGCUUCCUGUGUUCACAGGAGAAUGCAAGGAGUGUGCGCACUGCAAGUCUGAGGAGAGCAACAUGUGUGACUUGCUAAGGAUCAAUACAGAACGAGGUGUCAUGCUAAGUGAUGGAGAAACACGCUUCUCUAAAGAUGGGACCCCCAUCUAUCACUUUCUGGGAACAUCCACCUUCAGUGAAUACACCGUCAUCCACUCAGGCUGCGUUGCCAAGAUCGAUCCAUCUGCCCCUCUUGACAAAGUUUGUAUCCUCAGUUGUGGCAUAUCUACAGGUCUGGGAGCCAUGCUGAACGUUGCUAAACCGAAAAGAGGCUCAUCGGUUGCCGUAUUUGGGUUGGGAGCUGUAGGCCUUGCAGCUGCAGAAGGUGCGAGGAUCGCCGGGGCAUCCAGAAUUAUUGGGGUUGAUAUAAAUCCCAACAGAUUUGAGGAAGCUAAGAAGUUCGGUAUCGAUGAGUUCAUUAAUCCUAAGGACCAUGACAAGCCAGUGCAAGAGGUGAUUGUGGAAAUGACUGAUGGCGGAGUUGAUAGGAGUGUGGAAUGCACUGGCAACAUUAGUGCCAUGAUAUCUGCUUUCGAAUGUGUUCAUGAUGGUUGGGGUGUUGCUGUACUGGUAGGAGUCCCCAGCAAAGAUGCAGCAUUCGCGACUAAGCCUAUAAAUUUUUUGGAUGAGAGGACCCUAAAAGGAACAUUCUUUGGGAAUUACAAACCUCGGUCCGAUCUCCCUGCAGUCGUUGACAUGUACAUGAAGAAGGAAUUGGAAUUGGAGAAGUUCAUCACACACAGGAUUCCAUUCUCUGAAAUUAACAAGACGUUUGAUUACAUGCUGAGUGGUGAAAGCCUGCGGUGCAUCGUUUGCAUGGAUGAAUAGAGAAGAAGGGUAUGUGGAUAUGACGGGUAGUACGUAGUUAUGCUGGUUAGAUUCUGAGUGCAUGUAGACACAGUAUCCACAGCUGCUCCUGCUUCGUUAGUCUUGGAGGGACAACAAUAAAGGACAGGGAAUUAUGAGCACUGUAAACUAAUCUUGUAGCUUUGGUGUCCUGUUUCAAUGACAACACUUGCAGUAACCAUCAGAAGCUUUCAUCCUUUUAAUUAACGUAGAGUUUAUUUUAAAAUAUUCAUCCUACCAUA